CAUUGUCGAUUAACUAUGUUGUUGCGUCUAACGAUUUGCUUGCUAAUCUGCGCUGCCGCUGCGCUGGCGCAGAACGAUGGCCGUUAUAGACCUGAUCCAAGAAGAGUUAAUGUGAGAACCAAUGUGGUUCGCUCAGGCGGCAACAACGAUGGUCGCUAUGUGCCCAGCAAUAGUGGACGCUACGGCGGCAGCAACGAUGGACGUUAUGUGCAUGUAGACAACAAGUAUCAGCACGACAAUCGUCCUGGUGGUGACUACAGCGGCGCUGCUGAACGUUAUGUGGGUGACAAGAACAAGUUCGGCGGUGCCGGCGGUGCUGGUCGUGGUGGUAGCGGAGCUGGUGCUCAUGGUGUUGGUGCUCAUAAUGCUGGUGCUCAUGCCAGCGGUAAUGGUAGAGGUGGAGCUUCGUCCAUUAAGUCACGACCUGUGGCUGUUGUUGAUCAGCGCGCCAACUUGCCACAAGGUCGUGGUACAGGCGUCGGCAAAGGUGGUGAAGCUAUUAUACGUCAGGAAGCAGUCGUGCAGUCCGAUGGCUAUAAUUAUCUCUAUGAAACUGAGAAUGGCAUCCUUGCCGAGGAGAGUGGCCGCAUUGAGAAGCAAACAGAGGCCGAUGCUCUGCGCAGCAAUGGCUACUAUGAAUAUACCGGUGACGAUGGCCUCCUCUACAGAGUGGACUAUGUGGCUGAUGAAAAUGGAUUUGUGCCCGUCGGUGCACACAUUCCCCAGGAGCCUCCCCAUAUUGCAAAGCUGCUGGACUUUUUGAGGUCGAAGGGCGCAUUAUAAAGUUUAGUAAAA